AUGCCCACAGAGGAGAAAAAGGGGAAGGACACACUUAAAGUGUCGAAGGAGGUCGAGGCUCCCGCUGCUGUUGCGAAGAAGGACAAGAAGAGGAAGGAGACGGAGAAGGCUGCUGCACUUGACGACAUGGCUCUGGAGGUCGAAGGCGAGGAGACAGUGGGGAAGAAAGGGAAGAGGAAGGUCACGAAACCAGAAGACAAGAGCACGGUGCCUGCGAAGGAGACGAAGAAGAAGCGGAAGGAUGCGCCGGCGAAGGAGGUCGAGGAGGACGUAGUUGUCCCCAAGACCAAGAAGUCGAAAAUUGCGGCCUCCGCUGAAGAGCCCACAUCAUCCCUUGCGAAGCCCACGCUCAAGGAGGAGAGGAAGGUGAAGACGAAGAGCGUCAAGAUCUCCGAGCCUGAGUCGGAAUCCGAGCUCGAGGCCGCGGAGGAGAGCGAAGCUGAGGAGCAGGAGCAGGAGUUGUACGGCUUCGAGUCGGACGACGCCGAUUCAUCAGACGAGGAAAUCACGGAUGAUAUCCCUGGCAUUGACAUCGGCAAGCUACCGACCAUCGCGAAGGACGACGCGACAGUGAAGCGAAAGUUGGAGAAGGCAAAACGAAAGCCAACAGAAGACCGAGGCGUGAUCUACCUGGGACGUAUACCGCAUGGAUUCUACGAGGAUCAGAUGAAGGCCUACUUUUCACAAUUUGGCGAUGUCACCCGUCUUAGACUGUCCCGCAACAAAAAGACGGGCAAGCCGAAGCACUACGCGUUCAUCGAGUUCGACUCGUCCUCCGUCGCCCGCAUCGUCGCCGAGACCAUGGAUAACUACCUGCUCAUGGGCCACAUCCUCACAUGCAAGCUCAUCCCCAAGGACCAGGUGCACCCCGAGCUCUGGGUUGGUGCGAAUAGGAAGUGGAGGCCAGUUCCCCGCGCUCGCGUCGCGCGCGUUGCGCAUAACAGGUCUAGGACGGAGGAUGAGCUGGAGAAGGCGGAGGCACGUCUCCUCAAGCGUCAGGAACAGCGGAAACGCAAGCUCGAGGAGGCGGGGAUCAAGUACGACUUCGAGGCUGUCGCAUACAAAAAGAAGCCGAAACCCACCGAAGCGUAG